ACUGCAGCCUCCUGCCUGCUCUUUUAGGCUGGGAGACAGCAGGGAGGUGGGAGGAAUGAAGGAGUUGAGCUGGAAGCCCAUGUGCACCUCUUCACAGUUGUAGAUAGAUUUCUUGCCUUACGAGCGCCUAUUUCUGCGUUUUUCCUGCUGGUUGUGUUUCCCUGUGCUGCGCUGAACAAGCAGUUGCUGGAGGGAGCCAUCCCACGCACCCUGGGCAGAGGGAAGCACGGGCAGUUAACUGGAUGCAACAUCUGUGGGUUCUCCACUGGGGCAGGCGGAGCUCCCCGCUGCUGCAUCCCCACCCCUAGUAGGGGAAAGGCUGAGGAGCCUGCCAUGGGGCGGGGCAGAACUGUGGGUCAUCAGCCUCGCGGCUGCAUUCUUUUUGCUUCCUGGGUUAAUGAUUGCUGGGGUGGCGAGGUGCUGCCAGUCUCCAGCACGCAGUAAUUGACCUCACCUUCGCCUGCUCUGCGGGGGUGCACCAUGGUGGAGGUGAUGGUGAUGCCGAGCUCCUCGCUGGCUGACCAGAUGGUGCAGGUGGUGGUUUCUGGACUGGCUCCCUCGCAGUUGGUGACUCUGCGUUCCUGGCUGAUGGAUGAGCAUGGCGAGCGCUUCCAAGCACGUGCCUUCUACCGCUCCGAUGAGGAGGGCACAGUGGAUGUGGGGCGGCACGCUGCCCUGGGGGGCAACUACAGCGGCAUCUGGCCCAUGGGACUCUUCUGGUUCCUGCAGCCUGACAACCUCUUCAAGCGCCUGGUGAAGCGUGAUGUCAUGGGCAGCCCCUUCCUCAUCCACCUGGAGGUGUUUGACGGCCUCCGCCUGGUGUCGGGGCAGCAGGAUGAGCCUCUGGCCACCUGCACCGCCGAGCGGUGGUACGUGGGCCCUGGUGUGCAGCGGGUGCCCAUCCGCGAAGGGAGGGUGCGGGGGGCCCUGCUGCUGCCACCAGGCCCAGGGCCCUUUCCAGCAGUGAUCGACUUGUUUGGGGGUGCGGGUGGUCUCAUUGAGUUCCGGGCUGGGCUGCUGGCCAGCCGGGGCUUUGCAGUGCUGGCCUUGGCUUUCUUCGCCUACGAGGACCUCCCCAAAGGCCUAACCCAGCUCGACCUGGACUAUUUCGAGGAGGCUGCCGAGCUGCUCCUGCAGCACCCGAAGACCGAGCGCAUGCUCUUCACCGAGCUGGGUGCCAUGGACAACUCGGCCAUCUUCACCGACCCGCGCAGCCCAGCCUGCAGCUCCUCGGCCAUCCCGGUGGAGAAGAUCCAAGGCAAGGUCCUCUUUGUGGUGGGUGAGGCCGAUCGCAGCUUCAACAGCAAACUCUUCGCCCAGCUGGCCGCGGAACGCCUGCCGCAGGACGCCUACCGCCUGCUGUCCUACCCUGGGGCUGGCCACCUCAUCGAGCCUCCCGGCUCACCCCUCUGCAGCAUCUCCAGCCUGCGUGGCAACCCUCUGCCUGUGGUGUGGGGCGGAGAGCCCCAGCCCCAUGCCAGGGCUCAGCAGCACUCGUGGCAGGAGAUUGUGCAGUUCUUGGAGCUGCACUUGAGCCCUGCUCCUGCUAUCAAGUUGUGAGCUGCUCAAUAAAGGCAAUGGUUGUACUGGG